AUGCGCGGGAAGGGUAAAAAGAAAAUUGUCAGAAAUAAUGGCAAAAAUGGGAAGAAAGGUAAAAACAGUAAAAAUGGAAAAAAUAAUGGCAGCAAAAACAAGGGAACAAAGAGAUCAAGAAGGAGUGGUGGCAGAGCAAAAUUCACUAUGGAUAUCUUCAAUGAAGAAGUUAUGGAAAAUGCUUAUUACACUUGUCACAAUAUUAUGGAUGUAUUGAAGUGCAGAGGAUUUCCUUGGCCAGAAAGUCAAAAGAAAAAGAAAAAGAAGGGAAAGAAGUGA